AUGAGGUAUAAUGAGCAAAGCUCCCUAAGGAGUCAGCAGCUUUCUUUACACACUCUUGUUUUCUGCCGGCCAAGGCAGCAGCCUGACGUGGUCUUCCUGCUCUUUCCUUCCCUCCACUGGGAACCUUUGCAGGUUGAGGACCUCCGCAGCCUGACACAGCACGUUAGGACCCUGCUGCAGGCUGGCCGGGUGUUUGCUGUGCACCAGGUGGAAGGUCAGCGCCGACAUGCAAGAAUAAGCCUCGAAGCCGGCCGGCCGUGCCUCCACGCCCUGAAGGAGCACCCCCUGCCACGGGGCGCUGCAACCCUGCAGGUCAGCCAGGUCGUGCCGCCCUCCCUCCCCUGCACGGUGUUCCUGGACCUGUCCUGGCUGGGCUGUGCGCCGCGCCGGGUCCACAUCCAUCUGAGCCCCGACACCCCGCGGGGCCAGCAGUUCAUCCUGCUGUGCACGGGGCAGCGCGGCCCCUCCUACCGCGGCUCCAGGUUGUUCAGUGUGCGGAACAAGGGGAGGCCGGGAGAGGGUGUGGAGGGCGGGGACUACAAAAGUAAUGAUGGUAAGGGGGAUUGUGUGCUGCUGCCUGGCCUUGAUAAGAGUGAGUACCGGAGUUCAGGCCGGGCAGGGGUUGUGUGGGGGUAUAGGGGGGGUCUGUUUGGCAUCACCACCCGGGACUGUCAGGAUGGUGAUGUGAGGUUUCAUGUCUUCGGUGAGGUGGUGGAGGGACUGCACGUGGUGGCCGAGGCAGCCCAGCACAGCGACAUUAAAGAGGUGACUGUGAUGGACUGUGGCGUGGUGUUGUGAGGGUACUGGCCUGCACCACCACCACCACCACCAUUAUGAAGGUGACUGUGGUGGACUGUGGUGUGGUGUUGUGAGGGUACUGGCCUGCACCACCACCACCACCACCACAACAACAUUAUGGAGGAGAUUGUGGUUGUUUUCUUAAUGUAUUUUUUUUAUUUUCUGUAACAUCAAGUUUAGUAUAAUGUCUUGCUCAAUUCUUGUAACACUGAGCAUGAUGUUUUGUGCACUACAGUAAUCCCUCCUUAUACACGGAUGUCAGGUUUCAAAUUAGACCGUGCAUUAAGAAAAAUCAUGUAUAACUACAUUAUUCACUGGGAAAGGACAGAAAAUUAAAGUUUACCCACUUUUACUCAAACUAGCUACUUAGUGUUCUUUUGCUGUGAAUUUCCCUUUUCUUCUGACAAUUUUGAAGGAAAACAUUGUCAGUUAUCAAAGCAUUCAUUAAACCAGUGUUUGGUGAAUUCUCUUCACACCUUACUUAGAAUAAAGGAAACAAUGUCUGCGCUGGACCUAUUUGUGUACUGUUGUUUCAUUCUGUUAAAUGGCCGUGCUGUGACCUCCAGGGGUGGGAAAAAAUCUGAUUUCUACAAUAAAAAUAAAAACAAUUUGAUUGAAACUGGAUUUGUAUAAUUGAUUUUUCA